GAGUUAGUUUUCUAUAGUUUUCAGUCAUCGCCCUCUCCUCCACUUUUUCGAGUCUUGAUCUAGAGCCCCUAGUCUCCAGUAGUAGUAACGUAGGUAGAAGUUGAAUGACGAGGAGAGAGGGAGAGAAGAUGGGGGUGGACGAUGAUGAUGAUGUUCCGAUGGACGACAAGGCGAAGAGAAUGAGAGAUCUGUUGUCGAGCUUCUACUCCACAGAUCCACCACCUCCUCCAUCUUCCUCCAAAUACGCCACGCUCGACACAAUCAACACUUCCUCCUUCGACCCCGACCAGUACAUGAAUCUCCUCGUACAAAAGUCAAAUUUGGAGGGCCUGCUUCAGAGACAUGUGGAGAUGGCUGCUGAGAUUAAAAAUCUCGACACUGACUUGCAAAUGUUAGUGUAUGAAAACUACAACAAGUUUAUUAGCGCCACAGACACAAUUAAAAGGAUGAAAAAUAAUAUUGUGGGCAUGGAAUCAAACACGGAACAACUUCACGAAAAGAUAAUGUCUGUGCAAUCUCGAAGUGAUGUGGUCAACACUUCUCUUUUUGAGAAGAGAGAGCACAUAGAGAAAUUACAUCGAACAUGUAAUCUUUUGCGUAAAGUUCAGUUCAUAUAUGACCUACCUUCUAGGCUUGGGAAGUGUAUAAAAUCAGAAGCUUAUGCUGAUGCAGUCAGGUUUUAUACUGGAGCCAUGCCGAUUUUUAAGGCAUAUGGGGAUUCAUCAUUCCAGGACUGUAAGAGAGCAUCUGAAGAAGCAGUGGCUGUUAUUAUAAAGAACUUGCAGGUUGGAAAGCUGUUCUCAGAUUCUGAAUCUAUACAGUCGAGAGCUGAGGCUGUAAUGCUUCUUAAGCAAUUGGAUUUCCCGGUUGACACCUUGAAGGCAAAACUCCUUGAAAAGUUAGAACAAUUCAUUGUCGACCUUCAACUUGAUUCUAGAGAAGUAAGCAAUGCUUCAUUGGAUCAUGAUGGAUCUUUUAAGCAAGGAAGUUACCCCAACUCAGUUCCUUCUGCUGCUUCUGAGGCUUCUACUCGUGAAUUUGUGGAAGCUGUCCGUGCUUAUCGGGUAAUAUUCCCUGAUUCAGAGCAGCAACUAAUCAAACUUUCCCAAGACCUUGUUACCAAGCACUUUGAAGCUAUUCAACAACAAAUUAAGAGACGGAUUUGUUCAGCAGAUCUACUCGGAAUGCUUUGGGUAAUAUGGUCUGAUGUGCUCUUGAUGGAUGAAGUGUUGCCUGAGGCUGCUCUCUCUGAUUUUUCUUUAAAGGCUGCUUGUGUUGCUGUCAAACAGUAUAUUGAUACCACAUUUUCUCAUCUGCUACUUGAUAUCUCAGAUGCCCUUACUAAAGUCCAAUAUAGACCGAAGGAGGGAGCAGAAGAAUACACUUUGCAGUCUGCCCUUGAUGCCAGCAAAAAAGCAGUAAUUGAAGGCAGCAUGAAUGUCCUACAAGACUUCUGCCAAAUACGUGAUGACAAUCAGGGGCUACUGGUGAAGUUGAGAGACUUGAUUAUUGACUUGGUUCAAGAAGGGUUUCAAGACUUCUUUAGAAAACUUGAUGAUCACUUCCUCUUGCUUUCAGGAAAGAAUAAUUCUGCCAGUCAAGAUCAGGGUUUGAUAGAGGGAACACAGAGAGACAAAAUUCUUUCUGGGCUUGUUCUUGUGCUGGUUCAACUUUCAGUUUUCAUUGAACAAAGUACCAUCCCAAGAAUCACUGAGGAAAUAGCUGCCUCUUUUUCUGGUGGUGGUGGUGUUCGAGGUCGUGAAUAUGGGCCUGCUUUUGUUCCUGCAGAAAUUUGCCGUAUGUUUCGGUCGGCUGGUGAAAGGUUUUUACACCUGUAUAUCAAUAUGAGAAGUCACAAAAUAUCAGUUCUUUUGAGGAAGAGGUUUACAACACCAAAUUGGGUCAAGCACAAGGAACCGAGAGAAGUUCAUAUGUUUGUUGAUUUAUUUCUUCAAGAGUUUGAAGCAAUAGGAAUUGAAGUGAAGCAGAUUUUGCCUCAAGGGGUUCAUCGUAAACAUCGUCGAACAGACAGCAAUGGGAGCACCACUUCUUCACGCAGUAAUCCAUUACGAGAUGAUAAAAUCAUCCGGUCAAAUACCCAAAGGGCGAGGAGCCAGCUUCUGGAAACCCAUCUAGCAAAAUUGUUCAAGCAAAAAAUGGAAAUUUUUACAAAAGUUGAGCAUACACAGGAAUCGGUGGUAACAACUAUUGUAAAACUUUGUCUGAAGAGUUUGCAAGAGUUUGUCCGCCUCCAGACCUUUAACCGGAGUGGAUUCCAGCAAAUUCAGUUGGACAUUCAGUUCUUGAGAACUACUUUGAAGGACACCGUUGAAGAUGAAGCUGCAAUUGAUUUCCUGCUUGAUGAGGUGAUUGUUGCUGCUGCAGAACGUUGUCUUGAUCCAGUUCCCUUGGAAAUCCCAAUCUUGGACAGGCUUAUAGAAGCAAAGUUGGCAAAGACCUCAGAACAGAAUCCAGCCUCGUCAUGACAAAAUGGAAUAUCGAGUCCAUAAUACAAUUGUCUGUGUCAGUGUAGGAUCAAUGCUUUAUGUGCAGCGGUUUCAGUUGAUGAUCUAAAUCGGACCUAUGGGUUUCUGAAGUGAAUGAUCAGCCAAUAUUGUAUUUUGUAUGCAUCAGCUAAGUUGCUCUCUUUAUAUUGAAGUUUGUGGUGUGUAAUAAGUUAACUUGCAGAGAAUAUGAAUGCCCCAAUCUUGAAUUACUAAGGAGUGUUAGAUCAGCUUUCCAUCUUGUGAUCUAUUUGCUUCUAAAAUCGUACAUAUAUGGUUUUAUGAUAGCUUUUUUUAAGUUUGUGGCAUAA